GCAGCUAGACACACCUACGCAUGUUUGCUAAUGGUGGGAUAUGAUAUUUGUCUACAUGUGUUAAAUCAGCUGACUGUGAUUGUUCUCAGUGUGAAAUCCCUUUAACAAGCAUGCAAUUCAGAGACAGUGACAAACACCACUGUCACAAAAGUUCAAGAGAACAUAUUUGUGGACGUAAAUAAAGCAUGGUGUUAGUUCGGGCAGGCCAAAGCCAAGCGAAGCUACAAUCCCGGCAAAUCAGCUGAUCUCAGUGCCAGUCCCCAUCAGCUCAUGGCUCAGCUGAUUCUGGCUCUCUCUUGCAAAUUAUUGCAGAUGAAAAUAGCAGUUUUCCUACCGUUGUCCUGGCUAAAUGUCAGGCGAAUACAGGCUAUUAUGCUUUUACAACAUCUGCUAUCUAUGCCACAAAUUAAAACCUAUAAUUUUUUAAAGAUUCAAAUCAGGUUCAUUAUUUAUAUCUAUUAUUAUAUAUUAUAUCUAUUAUUGCUCUCAGAGAACACAAACAUGCUGAUGUCAUUGUGUAAACUCAGUCGCAUGCCUAUUUUGCUGUGACGGUUCCUCCAGGCGUGGAGUACUGUAAUCCUUCUUUUUCCAAUGUCUGCUUGCCAUUAAAAAAAGGGAUUACGUCUGGAGGCAAGCAGAAUAAGAGCCUGAGAUACAAUGAAUGCUCAUCUGUGCCGCUAAAUCUUGGCUUUAUAUUUUGUCUCGAAAUUUUACAGGAAAGUGAAGGAUGCGUUCUACAAGACAUCCAGUAAAAGGAAAUGUCUAUUCAUUUGAGUGUGCACUUUACCUUGGCUCCUGUUACCUUGACUGGCACUUGGAAAUUUCCGUAUAUGACAGCACGAAGCGGUUUUCGAGGACCUGAUCUCACUUUUCUUCCAUGCUUGUCAUUGUUUUGAGCUUCCUUUUGCAGAUAAAACGUUUUGUUGUUAAAAAUGAAUUGUGAUGUAAAUUGAAUCAUGGUCUACUACAGUGGGACCCCAUUUAACCCAUUCUCAGACCGAAUGCAUCCUAACCAGGAAGAAUUGUCUUCAAACUGUGAACCAAAGUGAAAAACAAAAAUAUGAGAACGUAGCUAAACUACAGAUCUUGUAGAUGAUCAUCUUCCUCAGGUGCUGUUACACUGACUCAUGUGGUGUGAGGUAUGAUGUUGUCAGACACUCUCUCUGCACUACUCUCACACUAAAGCUGAAGAUCUUUCUUUCUUUUUCCUUCAGCAUGACAAAAAGAAAGAAUACAUUCUGUAUGGAGGGAGAUUAGCAUGGUGAGGAAGUAGCUGAUGGCUCCUGGUCAGGAUAGUAACCUCAAAGCAAGCCAUCAUUACUGAGUCCUCUGAAUGGGAGUUUGUCCACGGUGAGAGAGGAACGAUUGAACUGAAUUAUGCUCUCAGAGGAAUCAUAUGUGAGAGAAAUUAUGGAAGAAAUAUAACUCAAGACAGAAGGCAUCAAUUACCUUCUUGAUGUGUGGCUGAUUUCUUGUAAUUAUCAAACAGCAGCCUCCAAUUUUGCUGUGAGCUAGAGUGGCCUAAUGGCGAGAUACUCAUCAUCAGUCACACACAUCAGGCAGUGAACGUAUGAAACAUAUAAUUUCUUAUAAUUGCAGUUUACGGCAAAUCCAUGCCUUUUGUGUAGAAACAUUUGUCUCCUUUCUCAGAUCGCAAAGCACAUGUUGAUAAAAUCUGUUUUGUCAGCACCGUGUCGGCGCUAAUCCUGCUUUUAUCCAUUUUUGUUUUUUAAUUGUUAGAUAGGUGCUCUCGUAAGAAGCUCUUUACGUGGUUAGGAAAAGCGUUUAAGGUUAUAGGCGUCAGAGGACAGCUCACGAGCAAACGUGUUAAGGCAGCAGCGGCGGGAAAACUGUGUUUGCUCAAGUGAUGCGUUUAAGUGCAAAUCGGAGGUACUUCUGGUUUGUUGAGUAUUUCCAUUUCUGCUGCUUUACAGUCAAAAGCCACUCACAAGCUUAUAUAACGUGUGUGAUGUGAGUAUUUUGAAAUUCAGAUCCAAAAUGCUGAAUGUUAUAAACAAAUAACCCCUUCUUGAUCAUCUGUAAAUAUAAUAUUAUUCUGACAUACAUGCACACCAGCCACUUCAUUAGGUAAACCUUGCCAUUCUUUUUGACUUCUGAACUCCCUUAAACCGUGGAGGCACAGAUUCAACGGUGUGCUGCACAUCCGUGAAGUGAAUCUCCCAUUAAACCACAUCCCAAAGCUGCUCUGGUGGAUUGAGAUUCGGUGACUGUCUAGGUCGUUUGAGAACAGUGAACUCCUUGUUUUAGUUUUGUGACAUGUUCUCUUAUCCUGCUUGGAGCAGCCAUCAAAACAUGGGCACACUGUGGUCAGCAACAAUGCUCAGACAGGCUGUUGUGUUUAAACCAUGCUGGAGCUAAGGAGACCAGAGUAUGCCAAGGAACAAGUGGUUAUCUGAGUUUUUCUUGCUUUCCUAUCAGCUGAAAGCAGUCGGACCCAUUCUGCUCUGAACUCUGAGGUUAACGAGGCAUUUUCAUCCAGAGAACCACCGCUCACUUGGCAUUUUCUCUUUUUUCAUACCAUUCUCUGUAAACCCCAGAGAUGGUUGUGUGGGAAAAUCCCAGCAGAUCAGCAUUUUCUGAAAUACCCAGAUCAGCCUGUCUGGCACCAACAACCAUUACCUUUCUUUCUCCGUCUGAUGCUCAGUUUGAACUUAAGCAGGCCAUUUUGACCACAAAUACAUGCCUAAGUGCAUGUGGUUGCUGCCAUCUCGUUGGCCGAUUAGAUAUUUGCUAUAACAAGACAAAACGUUCUCACUCCCAAAGCGUAACAUAUUACCCUAUGUGACAAAUAGCCGGGAAGUUACGCUUUCGGCCACCCAACACAUUCCUAUGUUACGCAUUCGGAAACAGGAGGAAUCAUGAGAACCAUUUGGACUGAAUCUACACAUGUACAUUUAUUUAGUUUCUCCUCAUGAAUUGCUUUGCAAAACACUAUCUAACACGAUUAAGGUUGUGGUAAAGGUUAGGGUUAGGGUUAGGACUGGAAUACACUGCUGGAGCGUGUGUUACUGCCGGGAGCGUCAUUCUAUUGGAUUCCAUCCACAAUCAGGCGCAUAUCAUAGGGACACGGCAGGUUACCUUUCGCCCCUGGGACGCCUCGGGAUGUGACAAAUCGUCGGCAUGUUACGCGUCGGGAAUGAGAAUGCUCUGAACAAGAAGUUGAACAGGUAUACCUAACAAAGUGGCCCAUGAUCAAUUUAUAAGUUAGCAUACUAAGUAGUUAUGUAUUUGGUGGUUUAACUCUAAUUUAUCCACACCAUUGUACAGCAGUAGACUGGCUUAGGGAGUGUAUGCUAAAACAGAGACUGUAUAGUUUGUGCCUGGAAUUUCUUCCUUACAGGUGAUCUAAUGUUUGUAUUUGUACAAUACUUUAUUCAGGUACUUCCUUUUGUGACAUUAAUAAUGUGUAUGGAUGCUGAUAGUCAACAGUCUUCAAAGAGAGCAACACCAAACUUGGCAAUACCUUGGAUGACUUACAGUGUGUGUGUGUGUAUGUACUUGUUUAGGCAUCUUUGAGAGGACAGAAAAUUGGCAUGUCACUAUACUUGUGAGGACCAAGAGUCUCUUAAGGACAAAAUGCCUGUCCAUACAAGUUUUAAGGCAUUUUUGAGGCUCAAAAUAAGGUUUUAGUGUCAGAUUUACAAUUGUGUUAUUGUUAGGUUUAGGCUAUGGGUUAGGGUUAGGCAUUCAUUUUUGAUGGUUAGGGUAAGGCUAAGUGUGUGUGUGUGUGUGUGUGUGUGUGUGUGUGUGUGUGUGUGUGUGUGUGUGUGUGUGUGUGUGUGUCAGACACAUAAACAAGGGCAUGACCUGUUUUGCUUUGACAAACAAUUCAGUUUGCUGCCUUACUUGAUUUUCCUGUUUAAGCUUUAGUGGCCAUGUUUGAAGGCAAAACAGACAUUAUAAAUGUGUGGGAGAGGGAAGAGCUCUUCUAAAAUGUAGAAGGAAGGGUAAGAAUAAGAGGAAGGCAGGGACACUUAAAGACUCAAAUGUUUUGGCUGCCCUUCUCAAGUCUGCAGAGUUCUUCGACAUGCUGGAAAAGAUGCAGGUCCCUAAAGCUGAAGAGACCAAAAAAUGGAAGGAUGACUAUAUCCCCUACCCACGGAUAGAAGAUGUCCUAGAGAAAGGUGGUCCAUACCCCCAGGUAAUCCUGCCCCAGUUCGGGGGUUAUUGGAUUGAAGAUGUGGAGGCACCGGCAGGAACUCCAUCUUCCUCAGAAUCUAGUUUCUGUGAGGAGGAAGAUGGAGGAGAGGGCAUGAGCCCCGGUGGGGGGCACAGCUACCGUCUGGAGUGCAACAGCACAGCCCGUGCCUACCGCAAACACUUCCUGGGCAAGGAGCACAUGAACUACUAUUGCACCGGCAGCAGCAUAGGCAACCUCAUCAUGUCCCUGAAACACGAAGAGGCUGAGGGACAGGAGUUCCUGCGCAUCAUGCUCAGGUCGAGGACCAAAACAGUUCACGAUAGGAUCUCUUUAGCAGGGAUCAACCAGCUGCCCAGCGUACCACAGAUUGCCAAGGUCUUUUGUGAUGAUGCCACAGGGCUGAAGUUCAACCCCGUCCUGUACCCACGGGGAUCCCAGUUAAUAGUGGCUUACGAUGAACAUGAGGUGAACAACACGUUCAAAUUCGGAGUCAUCUACCAGAAGUUUGGACAGACAUCAGAAGAGGAGCUAUUUGGAAACAAUGAGGAGACGCCAGCUUUCAAGGAGUUUCUCAGUAUCUUAGGAGACACGGUUGAACUUCAAGAUUUUAAAGGGUUCCGUGGUGGGCUGGACGUGUCCCAUGGACAGACGGGGUCUGAAUCUGUCUACACCGUCUUCAGACAGAGGGAGAUUAUGUUCCACGUGUCAACUAAGCUUCCCUUCACCGAGGGUGAUGUUCAGCAGCUCCAAAGAAAAAGGCACAUAGGAAACGACAUUGUCGCCGCAGUCUUCCAAGAAGAGCCCACACCGUUUGUUCCGGACAUGAUCGCCUCCAACUUCCUGCACGCCUACGUCCUGGUGCAGGCAGAGAACCCCUGCACAGAGCACACGACAUACAAGGUGUCUGUUACGGCGAGGGAAGAUGUACCUUCAUUUGGACCUCCCCUUCCAAACCCAGCCAUCUUCAAGAAGGGCCCAGAGUUUCGAGACUUCCUGCUGACAAAGCUGAUCAAUGCUGAAAACGCCUGCUACAAAUCUGACAAAUUCGCCAAACUGGAGGGGCGAACACGAGCCGCGCUGCUGGACAAUCUCCACGACGAGCUGCACAGACAGAGUCAAAGCGCGCUUGGUCUGGGCCAGGUCGGAGAGGAGGACAAGCUUGAGAACGGGGGACACGGAGGCCUGCUGGAAUCCUUCAAGAGAGCCAUGCGGGUCAGAAGCCACUCCAUGGAGACUAUGGUAGGGUCUCACCGUCACAGAAGCCCCGGUGUAGGAGGUGGUGUUCCAGCCAGCCUCAGUGGUGGAGGUCUGCCGCAGAGCACCAGCGAAUGCACAAAGAGCACCUUCACUCCUCCUGUACUGUCAGCCAAGUCUCCCCUGAAGAGCCCUGUGAAACGGCGCUCGGGUCUCUUCCCCCGUCUCCACUCCAGCACAGAAACUUCUUCAGACAAACACACGCGUGGCGACCAAAAGUUUGCAGAGAGCUGCCUGCUGUCCCAGGACGUGAAAUCAGAGACGUCAUCCAAUCCGAGCUCACCUGAGAUCUGUCCCAACAAAGAAAGGCCAUUUGUCAAGCUGAAGGAGUGCGGCGGCGGCAGGCAGAACAUUUCUCGUUCUUCUUCCAGCACCAGCAGCUUCAGCAGCACCACGGGAGAAACAGAAGCUCUGGAAGAACUGGAGAUGGCCAGCCAUCCACCCAUAGCUUCUUCCUCUGCCUUCAGCCCCGCACUCAACAUAGAAAGCCAAGGGUCCUGCACCCCUGUCAUCAUGUGCCGCAGUCCAACAGAUGGAAAAACUAAGACUUCACCGAGGUCAAACUUGAAGUUCCGCUUUGACAAAAUGAGCCACUCAUCCACGACUUCUGAGUAGCUUUGAGUGGAACGGAAAAACCCCAACCUUGCACAAUGAAGGGACAGCGCCUGCUGACAGAGCUG